AUGUUUCAUUACCCUUCUACAUGGGUUGUUGCUGUUGUUUGCACUAUCCUUGUCGCCGUUUCAUUUGCUCUUGUACGUGGUCUUCAUCAUCUUGGCAAGUUUCUUAAGACGAAAAAUCAAGAAUCACUCUUUCAAGCCUUACAAAAAAUCAAAGAAGAGUUGAUGUUGUUGGGUUUUAUUUCUAUAUUUCUGGCUCAAGCACAAAAUGUGAUUGUAGAAAUCUGUGUUCCAGAAAAAAUGAUGCAUCAUAUGCUUCCUUGUAAACUUGAAGAAAGAGAAUAUGAACAAUCAGUUGUAAAAUCAAAACCAAAACCAAUCGUACAUUUUCAGACUUUUUUCUCUUCCAAUGAUGUUUUUGGCACUGCUAGACGCCUUCUUAGUGAUAAUGGUAAUCAUCCAUCACAAGAGGGACAACAUGGCUACUGUGCUGCCAAGGGAAAGGUUCCUCUGUUAUCAUUGGAAGGACUGCAUCGCCUGCAUAUCUUUAUUUUUGUCCUAGCUAUUUGUCAUGUGGCCAUAUCUGUUUUGACUAUUGUUUUUGGAGGAUUAAUCAUUCGUAAAUGGAAGCACUGGGAACACUCUAUUGGUGUAGAUGAAGACAAUGAAUCACAACAUGCUUCGGAGCGGGCGGAGGAGGUGACUCAUGUUCAUGAGCAUGAAUUUAUACAGUAUCAUGUUUUUGGUUCUGGCAAAAAUUCUGCUAUAACAGGAUGGGUGAGAUCAUUUUUCAAGCAAUUUUAUGGAUCUGUGACAAAGUUGGAUUAUGUAACAUUAAGGCGAGGUUUCAUUAUGACUCAUUGUAGGGGCAAUCGAACGUUUAAUUUUCAUAAGUACAUGAAUCGUGCACUUGAAGAAGACUUCAAGAAAGUUGUUGGUAUAAGUUGGUAUCUUUGGAUCUUUGUGGUCAUAUUUUUGUUGCUUAAUAUCCAUGGUUGGCAUGCAUAUUUCUGGAUUGCAUUCAUUCCUAUUAUUUAUCCAUUUCAACGUACUAAGCUCCAUCAUAUAUGCGCUGUAUACUUCGAAUGGCCUUCGGAGAGAACAGAUGGAUAUAUCCUUCCAUGUAUAGUCGAAAGGGAUUUACGACGAUUUGCCAAUUUGCGAUCAACUUCGUCUGAACUUGGGUUGAACCUUCCUUUACAUGAGGGAUUGGAAUCACCCGCUGAUGGUAGACGUUCAUCUGAGUCUAGCUAUCGUAUUGGAGAUAAUGGAACUUCAGGGGGGACAAAUUAG